AUGCAAUCAAACGAGAACAGCAAAUCAUCUCGCCGUACUCGUUUACUUUUCGGCAGUGAUUCUUCAAGAAAUUCUUCUCAUAAUGCAAAUUUGAAGAAACAUACUGAUUCUGUUGAAUCGAAUAAUUUACCACCGCCACCCCCUCCACCACCUCGAUAUCCCUUGAAAGGUGACGGGUUUUCUCCACACACUGGAUAUGGAAUAUCUAGUGCAUCUGGUGAACAAACGCCAAAGUCUCCACCAAGGACUUCUUCGUUAAGACCUAGAGGGAUUCCGCUAAAACGCGAGUAUGGUUCACGUGAACGUAUUGCACAACCUGCAACAUAUGGUACUGGGGAGCGCAAAAGUCUCAGGAAGCCACAGAUUGGCUCAUCUACUACUAGUAAUAACAGCAGCUCCGAAAGACAAUUUCCAGUUGUAGACCGUCCCUCUCGACCGUUUACACUGACUACUACUAAUACCACGAAUACAAGUACAGCAUCCACCAAUACUACUCCUUCAGCUAGUAGUAGUAAUGAAAAGUUGACGUCAAUCGCGAUCACAAAGCAUAAAGUUGAUAGUUUGUGUCAGACAGAUCCUAGAAGUACACCGUUGUUGUCACGUCUACUGGCGCCUGGUUUUGCUACUUCAGUAGUCAGUUCAACUAUUAAUACUAAUUCAAAUCAAAGGAAAGGUAGUUUUCAAAGUUGUGGAUCAUCGGAAAGCGAUCGAAGUCCAGUUCCAAGUUCUUCAACAGCUAGAGAUUUGUUAACUGAAAUGAAUAGACGAGAAAUGGGAUUGGAGGGUCAUAGUCUUUCUCAAGGUUUAACAAGUUCUGGUGAAUAUCAAAAGAAGGAUGGUGAAAAUGUCUCUUGGAAUUCACCAUCGUCUUCAACACAUGUGCAAUCAACUAAUCGUGAUUGGCGUGAAUUAACCGACUGGUCUGGUGGUAAACAAGCAUCAUCUGUUGUACAGUCGAAAAAUCGUUCACCUAAUUUUCAACCAUCUCCUGAUAGUCAGUGUUGGCGUACAGUCACAUCUGUACACAUAACAAAUGAAAAUAUGCUACAACAGUCAUCUUCGAAUACGUGUUCAUCAGGUACACAAGAUGAAAUGGAGUCGAGUAUUGAUUCACCGGGAGUUUUCAAUCGGCAUCAAUGUGAUGUUGGAUCAAAUGAUCAAGAGAAAAUGUUCAGUAAAGGUGAAGAGUUUUCAACGAAUGCCUCCAGUUCCGGUGAUAUCGAUGAUGGUGACGAUGACGAUGAUGGCGGAGUUGAUGAUGAUGAUGAUGGUGAUGAUCGUGCUAUACACCAAACACCACCACCUCCAAAUGAAGAGGAUAUUGAAUCAGAUACACAUAACGGUAAUCAAGAAGACGACAAUAACAAUGUUGGCGAUGAAGACGAUAAUGAUGAUGAGGACGAUGAUGGUGAAGAAGACGGCGAGGACGAGGAAGAGGAGGUAGAGGAAGGAAUAGACGGAGAAGAAGAAGAAGAAAAUGAUGAUGAGGAGGAUGUUGUUACUGAAGAUGAUAUUGAUAAUGAUGAUGAUACUCCGAAUCAUCCAGGGGAAAAUGAUGAGACUGAGACUACUACUAUUGCUACUGCUUACAAUCUUCAUGAUGCUAAUAAUGAUAAUGAUAAUGAUGAUGAUGAUAAUAAUAAUAACAACAACAACUCAGUGACAAUGAUGAUGAUGAUACAUCGUACAUCACACUCUUAUGUUAAUGAAUCUGAAGAAUUGUUUGCAGUGCAUGAACAACAUGAAAGGCAACUUCAACAACGACAGCAACAACAGCAAGAAGAAGAAGAAGAACAAAAACGACAGCAUCAUCUUGACCAUCAUAAUCAACGUCAUCAUCAUCACCAUCAACAGCAGCAGCAGCAGCAUUUGGAAGAACAAAUUGAUUCAAAACCAUCUUCACAUUUCAAUUUACCAAGUUCUUUACAAAAACCAUGUGAUUAUGAUCGUGAUUGUAUUGAUUACUCUAACCAUGUUCCCUCUGGAGCAGGAGGUAAUGUGGAUUCUGAAGGUAUGAUGCCUCCCCCGCCGCCGCCACCACCACCUUACAAGAUUCCUGAUCAUCUUCAACCGUUUGAUGAACCGGUUUUCAUGAAUAAUCCAUGGACGCCACCUAACUAUCCUUUAUAUCACCCAUAUCCCCAGCUACCAUAUCCACGUCACCAGCAUCAUUGUCAAUCGAAGAAAAUUUCCCCCAUGGAACAAUUCGAUCCGAAACGAUUUGUAACUAGUUCAGUCAGUCUAACAAAAUCACCAACACUUCCAACAUUUGAUAAUCCGUAUGACUUGUUGUAUAUGAAACAGAAUUGCCUCCCUGAAUCAUUUCCUCCUCCUCUCCCUCCACCUCCCGCACCUCCAGGUGCUCUAAUACCAAGGCGUUUAAUGUGUUCACAGAGUCAGGAAGAAUUAUCCGGAUUGGUGAAAAAUGAUGCUAUGCCACCAUUUACAGCUAUUUCUCAAGCGUUUGGUUUCCCCAUCCAGUGGUGCUAUCGUGGUGUGUGUAUGUUGCCGCGUUUCCCGGUAACCUGUACACCAUUCAAUAAUUUACCAGUGUCGUGUGGGGCAGCGGCAGCAGCCGCGACUGUAGCUGCUUUCGUUCUGACCACAACGACUUCGCAUAUAUGCUCCUUGGCAGCGGCGGCAGCUUGUGAGUAUAAUGCUUCUAAUAAAAAUAAUAACAAUAACAAUACGACCAAUAAUAAUAAUACUCAAAACCAACCAUUUGUUGGCAAUUAUCAACCGGAUAUGCAUAGUGGCGCUAUUCUAGGACCACACAACAACAAGCCAGAAUUAUUUCCUCCAUCAAAAUCUAAUAUUCCGUUCGAUCCUGCAUCAGGAGGUUUUAAAAACUUCUCUGAAGUGGAUUUUGUCAAUCUAUUAAAAGAAAAUCAACAAUUAAAACAACGCCUUGUGGAUAUUAGUGCUAGGCUUCAGUAUAUUGAUGAGCUUGAAUGGCAUGUACAACGAUUAAGUUUACUGGUGGAAUCAAUGAUUGUAUCACAUCAGCGUCAAUGUGAAUUAGACUAUCAACUACAAAUCUAUUCACCAAUCUCAAGUCAAAAUGGUGCUGGGAUGGAUUUCGAUUGUAACAAACCAUCAGCUCAACCACCACCUGCACCACCGCCCCCACUAGCUAAUUCAUCAUCAUUAUCAUCAUCGUCAGUAGCAGCAGCCGCCGCCGCAGUUUCACCUUUCGGACCAAUUGAUCAACUGCAUAAUAUGCCAGCAAAUCCUGGCAGUCUACCUGCUAUGCCGACUAAUAUGAUGACAAAUUAUAGGACGAAUCCAUAUAUUAUGCCUCAGUGUAUGAAUAGGCGAGUUACACAACCAAAUAUUAUGCCGUCACGAUUUCAUGCUCCACAUGUAUUACAGCAAGUACAACAACAACAACAAUCUGAAAAAUCUGAGCAAAGAAUUCCUAUGGCAAAUUCCAAUAAACGUUCUAUGGAUCCCCGUACUGUCUCUCUGGAUCGUGCAUCACAGCCAAGAAACACAUGUACAGCGUAUAAUGAUAUCGGUUGUAGUUGUAUAAGAUGUCCAUUGCAUGAAGUCUAUCCACCGUAUUCCAGAGAUCAUGCCUACGUGAAUACAACUAAAAAUGAAGAUAUCUUUUCUAUGCCUAAUAUACCUGUAUUGAACUCGAACAAUGCAAAUUUCUCGCCUAGUUAUCGUCGACGUCUUUGUCCUGUACGAACAACACAAAUUCCACCAUUGAUUAGUGCAGCUCAUUUAAUCCCACAUUCCAGCUUAUUUCCAGGUUCACCUGCACCACGUGUAUUGUCUACUUCUAAUCCUAUUUGUUCCAAUAAACCAUUGUCUCAUCCAGCUAUCAAAAUAACUGAAGAAAAUAUCAGAAAUCGAAUACCGAAAGAGUCAACUCAAUCAGGUACAACUGGAAAUAACAACAAUAAUAGCAAUAGCAACAGCGAUAACGAUAAUAAUAACAGUAGUAGGCAUAACAACAGACCAACUGGUCUCAAUUUUAUGACUGAAAAAUCUGAUAUCUUCGAUGAUAGUAAUAUGCUUUUAAGGCAUUUAUCACCGCAUAAUGAAAUUCAUUGUGUAAACACGUGUACAGUGGUCACAUCCUAUCAUCUAGAUCAUUGUUAUCCAUUGUGUGUUGUUGACAGAGUUCCUGCUUCUGGAAUAAACUGUAAUAAUAAUAACAAUAAUAAUAAUAUUCGUAGUGAAGUGAAUAGUCAAAUAAUGGAGGCUAAUACGGAUAAUACUAUUACUACUACUAAUAAUAAUAAUAAUACUAACAAGAGUAAUACUAGUAAUCUGCCUCAGUUGAACACUAAUAGUGCUGUGAUUGCAACCACGCUAACAGUAACAAGUGCAACGCAAACAACAACUUCAACAGUAACGCCUGCUAGUAAAAUGUCGACCACCACCACUUCGUUGGCGUCGUCUUCGUCUCUGAUCAAAUCCAGUAAAACAAAUGCUGUUGAAAAUACUAAGCAAUCUAAAGAGAAAGUAGGUUUUACUCAGCCAAGAAGUACAGCAUCAACAACAACUACUGGCAGAUUACAACGAAAAUCAUUGUGUACUACUACUGCAAAACCGUGUCCUGUUUCAACUCAUUCUACUGGACAUCCACAACAACAACAGCAGCAGCAACAACAACAACAACGGAAAGUUUCUUACGCAUCAACCAAACGAACAAAACAAACAGGUAGUAGUAAUGGUAGUGGUAGUUGUAAUAAUAAUAAUAAAAAUAAAAAUUCUGGUGCUAGUGGACUCACCAUAGCUGCUGCUUCACUAGUCUCAUCAAUAAAGAAAAUCACUUCAAGCGUUAGUACGUCUGUGUCAUCGCCUAAAGCACUGGAUAAGAUAAUGUCUACUGUUGUUAAUAAUCGAAACUCAGAUAAUCCUGAUGCUGAUUAUAGUGGCAGUUAUGAAGGUGUAUCAAAUUCAAACUCUUCUCAUCAGUCUCAAUCAUCAGAAGCCUCCAGCCUAGAACCUGAUUCCACUUUAUCUGAAGGUCUGUUAACGCGUAAAUGCUGUAGUGUUAAACAUUCCACAUCGGAAUUGAAAAUUCCAACUUGUAGUAGUGUUAGUAGUUGCAUUAAAAAUCAACCCUCCUCUUCUUCCACUUCUAAAAUAUCCAUCAUUCCUGAAUUGUCCACUUCACCUCGAUUAUCAUCGUCUAGUCAUUCUACAAAUACUUCUGUGCUUACAUCUUUGCAUACACUGGUAACUCCACUACGAUCUACAAUCACAUCGGUUGUUGCUGGUCAAAUUUCAACUUAUGAUUCUAAUACAACUAAUAGUAAUAUUGUUAUUCCUAGUGUUUAUAUUAACAGUCCAACUACUACUCUAACGCCCUGUCAUUCUAUCGACUCGAAUUCAAUGCUUGCCUAUCCUCCAACAUCGCCUGUUUGUAGUUAUAAUUUCCCAAAGAAGCCAAAUAUAAUGAUUAUGACAACUAGUAAAUGCACUGGAUCGCAUUUACCAACACCGAUUAGUCAUACUACUGUUGAACAACAAUCUAACAGUAGUAUCAGUGGUGGUAGUAGUAGUAGUAAUAGUCAGACAACAUUUGUAUCAAAUAUAUGCGCACCACAUCGUUCAAUGAUAAAUAUUCGGCCUAGUAGUUUAUUGACUAUACCACAGAAACCAUCUUUACAAGUCCGCUUUACGCCUCCAACACGUAUGAAUCCGUGUAAUAUCAAUAACAAUAAUAAUAAUAACAGUAACAAUAACAACAGCAAUAAAAGAAGCCUACUGAGUUCAUCUGUCGGAAGUCCAAUUUUAGAUUAUUCAAGUGUAAAUCAGAAUUCUUCCGUUAUCAAUAGUAUUGUAUCACCAAAUCUAUUGCGUAAACAAUACUACUAUUAUAAAUAA